UAUAAAGCAGAUCGGCACAGACUGCGCAGCAACAUUCACGAACGCCGAUACGAUGUGGUUUCUCAAUGUGCCUGCCGCCCCCCACAUGGGUGGUCCAUGGGAGCGGAUGGUCAGAUCCGUGAAAGCUGCUUUAAAGGUUAUUUCUGACACUCCUCGAUACCCGAGUGACGAAGUAUUGGAAACCAUACUGCUAGAAGCAGAGGCAGUGGUUAACACACGACCGCUCACCUAUGUCCCACUAGAAGGACCGGAAGACGAAGCCCUAACACCCAACCAUUUCUUACUGUACGGUUCCAAGGGAAUAAAGCAGCCCGUCACCCUUCCGGCGGGUACAAGUUAUACCCUACGAGACAGCUGGAAGCUUGCCCAGCAUAUGGUCAACGGAUUCUGGCGUAGAUGGGUGCGUGAAUACUUGCCCAUGCUAACGCGACGCACCAAGUGGUUUGACCGAGUAAAACCAUUGGAGGUAGGCGACAUAGUUAUGGUAGUGGAUGAAGCUGUAAGGAACCGUUGGGAAAAAGGACGCGUUUUGGAGACCGUCAUGGGAAAAGAUGGUCAAGUGCGACAAGCGAAGGUUCAAACUGCCAGGGGAGUGUUUUCGAGACCAGCAGUGAAGCUGGCAGUACUAGAUAUUAAAACCAAUAAGGGAACAUCGGCAGGUAUCGAAGCGGAUGCGACAGUGUUUCACGGGCCGGGGGAUGUUACUGGGCCCAUAGUGCCAUCAUAGUGGAGUGAAACACGUCGUACCUCUGAUAAGAGAUUGACAGCUUAGAAACUUCCGAUAGUGGAGAGAUAAGAAAGAGAGAAGAAGUUCAGAGUUGGAAAUGAAGAGAGAUAUAUGUAGAAAAAGAUAUAGUCUAGAGUUGGUAGAGUGACAACGUGCUUAACAUAAAAUUUAUAAUCUUACGAAACCAAUUUACCCUCCGUAUUUUUUUCUCAUUGAUAUUUGCUAAAUUCAUUAAAGUGCUAUUACGCAAGUAAAGUUUUAGGUAGUGCGAAGAUUAGCAGAUUGUCGACGUUGUAACCUUCGGUAGACCGGAACCUAGAAUUGUUG